CGCCGCCAUGGCCUCCCCGCUGGACUCGACGUACGGGAUGUGGCUCGUGUUCCUGUUCAUCAUGGCCAUACUCUAUGGAGUUGGUCUUCUGCAGGCCUUCCUAUAUAGCAGAUGGCAUCGUAAUGAUCCUCGCUGGGUACAGGCCUUGGUCGUGGUCCUUGUUAUCUUGGAAACCUUGCAAAUAGCUUGGUAUUUCGACUCAACAUACCAUUACUUCGUGUCGGAGUUUGGCAACGCGCAGGCGUUCGACUUCAGCCCAUGGCAGAACUCCGCCCAACUCCUCGCAGCAUAUCUAUCCGCCUUUCUCGUGCAGUUCUACUUUGCGACGACGAUAUACCUGUUAAAACCUGAGGCGUGGUACGCCACGGUGUUGAUCGGCUUGCUUGCAUUAGGCAGCAUGGGCGCUGGUCUUGCGCAAACCGUGCGGACCGCGGAGAUCGCAUCGCUCACACGAUUGGCUGAGACGAAGGCAAUCACAACUGUACAAGCCGGGCUGGCAUUCGGCUGUGAUCUCGCCAUCACCGUCACACUCUGCGCCACCUUCAACUCGUUCAAGACCGGUUUCAAGUCCACCAACACCCUCUUGAACACCCUCAUGAUCUACGCCGUCAACCGAGGCAUCCUCACCGCCGUGUGCGCGCUGCUCAACCUCGUGCUCUUCCUCCGAACCGAGGGCACGUUCUACUUCUUCAUCGGCCUCAUGCCGUCAUCGAAGCUGUACAUGAACACCAUGCUCGCCACGCUCAACACGCGCUCGCAUCUCAAGAAGCAGGCCAAGUGGGGCGAGGCGAAGUACCUCAACACCCGGCAAACUCUCUUCCCGAACGGCGAGCUUCGCAUGAGCAUGCCGCCGCCUGCUCAUUAUGGCAAGGCGCCGGCAACGGACGGGGUCAUCUCUUCCUUCGAUAUGGCACAAAUAUCGCAGGCGUCGCAGAACCAGAUGUCAAUACAUGUACAGACGCAAGUCGACGUUGACAACUCCGGUGACGAGUCUGAUUCCUGGACGUCUUCCCCAAGAAAGACAGACAAUGACUUCGUCCGCAGUAUGGUUUAAGGGCCGUGCGCUGUCGGGUUUCUUGGGUGUGGAUAUCGUUAUUACUCGCAUAUAAAACUGUCUUUCGAGUUGUGAAAAGGCUUGAGUGAUCGGCGUACAUAUCCGACGAACUCUGUAACAUAGAUGUACUUGUACUUGCUGUCGCUCGCUAUCGCUGGAAUAUACCUGGUCGUCCGGA